UUCUUCCAACUAUCCAUUAUUGUACUUUUUCCCCCACAUUGCAUUUAUUUAUGAGUUAUUUAGGCAUUCUACAAAUCAUAUCCAACAUAAGUCGCCAUUCAUUUAUUUUCUUUCUUCCCGCUUAUUAAAGCAGUACCUUAUACACGCGCGCGCACACAUACGCAUAAUAUUUAGUAAUAUAUGCCUCUUGAUUAUCGAGCGCUCCCCCAGCCCAACAACGGCAGUCUAAGGCGGUUAGAUACUCUCACUGACGGUUAUAACGAUCAUUUUUCCCACCAGAAUAAUCAUCGAUCUCUCAAACACGGGGCUCAAGAUUACGGUUUUGGCGGAAUGCACGCACUUAACGGCUCCAACAAUCCCGGCCAGUUCACAAACGCCCUCAGUAAUCAUAACCUAAACAACAUAAAGAUUGACGCCGUUCGUAACGGAGUCAAAUACCCAGAGGCUUACCAAAACGGCCGUAAUUUCCAAAAUUACCAGAGUAACUCCUCAAACAACCCGGACCAUUUCUCCCAUUUUGCCCGCUUAAAUAAUGGAUCUAUUGAUAAUGAAUUCCUCGCUGAAAGUAUCCUACCUUAUAAUCUCGUUAAUACCUCCAAAAAUGCUUACCCGGACAGUCGAAAUAAUAUGCCUAUCAUUGUUCGCUCUUCGGCGAAAUCCCAAGGGCAAGCACCUCUUCGACAAUAUCCUUCCCCGGCUUCUAACCACGAUAUUAAUACUCGCGAACUCGACGAUGGCUAUUAUAAGACACCCUCUAAUACCAACAAUUCUAAUGACCAUCUUGUCGCUCGUUUAACCCAGAAAACCGAUGGGCCAGUUCAGGCUGGUAAUACCCGUUUGGCUACCGUGCUGGUUAAAUUAGCAGGUCUGGCUCGUCUGAGUGGUUCGGUUUUCGAGGGGCUUCACGCCCAAGCCGUUGACUUUUACGGUCGCUCCAUAUCCCUCCAGGCCAGGAUGGACAGGGCUUCGGUCGCCCUUACAGGGUUAGAAGGAUCGGGACAAGAUGGGUCAUCCAUUAAAACUCCGGAGGAUUUAAAUGACGGUUAUAUUAAAGAUCUCAACAAAAAUCGAAUAGACCAACAAGUUGUCCGAAAGGACACUAUGCCCGCCACGCUAAAACGACUCUACGCCUUGUGCGACGCUCCGCCCCCUUUAGAAAAAUUGAACAAAUUUAGGGAGGACGGGAAAGAUGCCGCGAAAUUGUACACGGAUCCCAGUUAUUUUUUCGAUCUUUGGAAGCGAGAUAUGCUGAGUUCCACAACCGACUCAAACAAUAUCGAAACCAAACCCAAUAUACGCAAGCCUCUCACUUCCAAAUCGUUAUACUCUGCCGAUUCUAAUUGUAGCCUCCCUCAAAAUAACACUACUUAUCGCGUAUAUAACAAUUCUCAAAUAAGACCUGCUGGCAGCAACGAAUUCAACAAUCGUCUAGAUCACCAUUCUAGCGUUAAUCAAAUUCCAAACAAUAGCCGCCCAGAUUUCAACUUUAACACAGAAGGUUCGGCAGAUUACAGCCAAAACGAACCAUCCAAUGUUCCCCAUAUGUUUGCGAAUGACGCAAAUAUUUACCCCAUUAAUUUCCCCAAUUCACCUCCCAAUCUUGAUUAUCAAGGAAGUUAUGGCUUGAACUAUAACCAAAAUCUCGAUUUCGGCACGAUAGAUAACCGAAAAACGAAUACUAUGUUAUAUCAUCCCAGUCCCAGUAAACUAAAGAUUAGCCAACCUUUUCCUCCGAUUCGCACUUCACGCCAAUUUGACCACCCAUCAUUUCCCAUCGUUUCCACCUCCCCUUACAAAUACAGGAUUGGUGAUAAUAACUUUGAAUUUCGCGAAAAACAAAACGGCACUAGCUAUUCUAUGUUGAGAUCGCCCGACCCCUCCCAACUUCUUCCCCCUCCCGACUUUUUCUUGUUCAAGGAGGACGAAUAUAGCGCCAAUGGAAGCAUUACUGGCAGUUUAAGCAAUGGCAUUAUUAAUAAUUUUAAUCACGUAGCUUCCAAACCGCGCCCCAAUAUGCCUCCACCGCCAUUACCCAUUCCUCCCACUCCUCCUCCACCCCCACCACCUCUUAACGUUGGUAUGACGAAUAUAUCCGAUGAUGAUCCACAUAAUAAUCAAAUGCUCAUAGAUUCUCCUAACGAAAAUUCUCAAGAAAUUCCAUCUCCGAAUUACUCCAUUGAUGUAUUAGAUAGUCAUGCCACCACAGAUUACAAUAUGGCACCCAAUGGAAAUUGUAUUGAAUACUACGACCGGGUUCAAAACUCACCCAAAAACAAAUUUCGACCUCCUAUCACAAAUAAUUUUAAGCCUGUUGAUGAUGUUAUACCAUCCAAAAAGGUCUUCAAUGAACAAAACAAGAUGAAUGAUGAGAAUAUUCCUCAAAGAAAUGAUUAUAAUCAAAAUGUGAAAUACCUGGCUAAUAAUGGAAAUGAUGUCGCCGAUAAUAUCUCGAACCAAAAAGUCGUAGAAGACAAAAUCCCUCAUCAUAACGGGGUCGAAGAUGAUUCCAGCAUCAAGUACGCGGACAGCGUCGAAGACACUGGUGGUCCAGAAGAUAAAACCGUCAAUCAUCCUAUCGUCAAGGUUAUCUAUCAAAACGAUGGACAAAUUUCUAACUUGAGUCGCGUAUCAACUACGAGUUCAGUGAGGGACGAUUUGCUAUCAGCAAUCAGGAGUGGGAUUCAACUCAAAAAGAUGAACAGUAAUUCGAAUAUUUUCACUUCCUAUUCUUCAUCCUCUAACCCACCUUCCUUCCUGCCGAACUCACUUAAUUCAGCCCAUAAUUGUUACCAUGGUAAUUAUAAUUCCGCCACCAAUAUCAAUUCCACGAAUAACGGUGUAUCAAAUGGGGGAAGCUCCGAGUUGCCUCCGCCUAACACUCCCCUUCCUACCGACGUAGCAUCUAUUUUAGCCAGGCGGAUAGCGGUGGAAUAUUCCGAUACGGAAGACACUACCGGGGAAGGGGGUAGCUCCAGCGGAGGAGAAUGGAUCGAGGAAGACAGGAAUAACGAAUGAACGAUGAAAAUUAAAUUCAGAAAAAAAAAAUAAUUCUUUCAGUUAUUUACUAUAUUCUUGAUUGGUUGGUUAGAAACAGAACGAAAAUUACGAUUGGUUAUUCAAGCAUAGACGUCCAUUUGAUAUAAUAACUAGCGAAACUAUUUUAAAGAAGAAUGAUAUUAAAAAAAAUAUAACAUAUAAUUUGGGUGUCAGGAAUUUCCCGUUUUGCUAAAUUUAAUUGAGUUUUUUUAGUUACCAUUUUUAGAUCGUUACAGUAUAAUUUUAUUAGAGAGGAGUAAGGAGUUUUGGAAGGUUUUGACAUUUUCUUAUUUAAUGUGAUAUUCUUCUUUUAAAGUCAGCCCUUUACCCUGCAUAGUUGGCACGAAUUCGCGGCGAAAUAUACAUAAAUGCAGCAUCUUUUAUAUAUUUAGCGCUAAUUGUGAAUGCAUGGGUAGUUUGUAUUUAUUUACCUUUUAAAAAAAAUUUAUAUAGUUUUUGCAAUCCAGUUAAAAAGGAAGCGAGGGGUAGUAAAAUCUAACAAAUCAAAAAUGGGAGUUUACUCCCUAUUUUUAACGCCAUCAUCAUAAUAAAUAUAAUUUUUAAUUUUUACGCUUCACAUUUUUUUAAAUGCCAUAAAAACGGCAUAUAUGAUUAAAAAUUAACGAAAUAUGGAAUGGUAAAUUUGUUUAAAAGAAAUUCAGUUUAACAUUUCCAAAAUAAAAUACUGCUUCCUAAUAUUUUUUAGUUUUCAUCCCAACCUAUUUGAUUAAGAAGUAAUAAAGAUAGAAGGGUAAUUUAUUAAAUAAUAAUAUAAUUCGACAUUUCCAAAGAAAAAUAUGCUAAAUUAUCUUUCUAGAAGCUUUUAAACUAGUUUUCUGCAUUUAACUAUUGCACUAUAAUAUAAUUUAAAAAGCAAACAA